UGAAGUGGUUUGCGCAGUGCAUUGUGGGAUGUCGUAUAAAAGGGUUUGACACGCCAAAAAUUUUGUAGUUCAUGGCGGACUGUCUAUCAGGAAUUUUCUCUUACUAACGAGUACCAAACCGAGUGUGAAGGUAUGAUUGCUGUGGGUACCGAUCCCCAGGACCCCCAGCUUGCAACAACAUAUGAUAAUUUCCGAGGUACAUCGUUGGGAGAUGAGUUGCCCUCCCUUAGUUACGAUUUGGGCGACCUGAGCAUCUCUUCAACGGAAAUAGAUCAAUUCCUCCAAACGUUUAGCGAGCUCCCCGUAGCUCCUGAUGCCCAGAUGCAUGUUGAAAAUGAAAGCUCACACCUAUCCCAGCUUGCAGCGUGUGACCUCACCUCCUUCUUCUUUGAAGAUAUUCAGAGACCUCAUGAUAUUAAUGUGUCACUGCCUGUGGAGCAGCAGCAUGCUCAGACCAUAUUUGGCUAUGACUCACAUCAGAUGUACUAUCAGGAACUUACUGAAAAUGUUACGCCACCCCACUCAGGCGGCGUCACCCCACAGAACAUAUCCCGGGCUGCCUCCCCCACGUGGAGUGAGAGCAGUGGGAGCAUGAGCACGAGCAGCGUCUCUGGUCAAGCCAGCGCGGAGAAGCCAGCCGCCAAGAGCAACAAUCCCAUUCCAAGGCACAAGAGACCAUCCCAUAAGCGAGCGGAAAUUAAACGUAGGGAUAAAAUCAAGACAUGUCUGGAUGAUAUUAAAGAAUACGUCCCAUCCCUGCGAGACAAAGGAAAGCUCAGUGAAUCUACCAUAUUAACAAAAGCGGCUGAAUAUGUUCACCAUCUGAAAGACGGUUACUUGGAGCGAGGGAACAAAGCAGCUGAACUCCGGCGGCAGAUAGAAUGUCUGAGCACAGAAAUUCAUUCCUUCCAAGAAAAUCUGCCUGCCACUGGUCUAAAGGAAGAGGCUUAUGAAGCUAGUACACUUGAUGACCUCUACCAGUCUUGGAGAAUGGAGAACUGCCAGCACUCCAACAAAUUUUUUAUUUUUUCAUCUAUAACCUCCAAACUUUUUGAGACGUUCAAGGAGGUUGUAGGCUCAGCAACCAACUUCAGCUCCCUCACUGCCAAAACACAGGAAUGGCAGAACAGAUGUCUGGCAUUACCAGUGAUCAGGAAACAAAUUCUUGAUGGCAUGUUGGGACUGAGUCGCCAGAACAGUAUUGUGAUGAGCCCGGACAGGCUCCAGCUAGACUUUUGCUCACAGAACAGUUCACAUGUUGACGACACCUACUCAUGACACUUGUUCCUCACCCACUUAUCAUUGCUUCAUUCUCAUUUCCUUGUGUAUUUGUGUGACGGAGUGACUGUAUAUAAGGAGUCUGUGUACAUCUUUGGUGUCAUUCACUGGGUAAUUUAUGUGUACACUGUGUAUAGAGGGUGUAAUUAUAUAAACUAUCAGUUUAAUUUAAUUUUUCUAGUUUAUUAAAUUUUGUUAAUUUAUGGAAAUCAUCGGCCUUAUGAUGUUAUUUAGUCAUUGAGAUUUAUAGCUUAAAGAUCUAGUGUACUUACAUAAAAUAAAAAUAGCUAGAUUCUUUUUGUAGGUAAAUUUACCUCUUGUAAAGUCAAUUUUUUAACUGGUUUUUAUUGCAUCUUUUCUUAAAGCUUUGAAGAUGUUGGAGUUUUACAAAUGAGUAUACCAACAAAAUGUGUAGAUAUCAAUUCACAUAAGCUAGAAACCUGCUGAAAACUAUAUAAAUAAUAUGACGCUGUUCAUAUAUCCAAGCUUUAAUUAAUUGGAACAGAUUUUUUUUUUAUUGUGCUUCUAAUGUUAUUUUAAAUGUUUGUUAUGAUCUGCAUUAAUAUUUUGGAUUCUUUAGACUUAAAUUUAGGUUGUCAUUCUGCUAAUGUAUUUAUUUUCUGAUAAGUACAUGAGUUUUAGAAAAGAAAUAUUUAGAUUAAAUAACUUUAUUGCACUUGUUAAUUUAAACCAAAUUAAUUUUUAUGAAUCAGGUUUUCUUUUUGCUUCUGAUGUUAAAUGAAUUUUAAAAUGUAUUAUUUACAGUGCCACACUUCCUACUAAUAAUUCAUGCAUUUGAAAAUGGUGGGGAUGAAUGGUUCAUGCUUAAAAAAAUUAGGGGGGGGGGGCUCAUUUAUAUUCAUAUCUGCAUCUUUUCACUGCCUCACCAUUCCCCACCCCUCAAUAGAAUCCCAACAGUAAUUGUGAUGAUGAGUUAGGCAGCGCACCUGCCUGUAGAGUGUUUGUGUAUCCAGCCUGUGUUAAGCCCUGAAUUCCUGUAGAUAUUGAUGUAUAUUUGUAAAUAAGCUCUAGACCUCUUUUGGCCUACUCUCUCUUGUCCAUAGUCAUUAUUUUAUUUGAUAUGUUGAGCAUUUUACCAACCUAAGAAGAUGCAUUUGAAACAUUUUAUUUUACAGAGUGUUUUAUAUAUUUUACUGAAAUCUUAGCUCCAUUUGCAAUAAUGAAAUCAGUUUGAUAGUAUACAACACUGUUUAUUAAGCCACCUUAAGAAUGCAUUUUUAUUAAGAAUAUUGUUAUACUUCACAUCAGUAUAUGUGAAUGAAAUAUUUCUAUGGCACAAAUAGAAUAUGUGGCUGACAUAAAUGUUUUAUGCAGUUUUUUUUUUCUAAAUAUUAAAUGACAUGCAUUAGUCCUGAAAAGGAUUCA